CGAAAAGCUGCCCGGUGGCGCUUUUCUGUCUCCGGCUGAGUAAAGUUGAACAGAUUUCGGCGGCUUUUCGGAUUUCGUUGUAAAUAUGGACAGUCAGGGGAGGAAAGUGGUGGUGUGUGAUAAUGGAACCGGGUUUGUGAAGUGUGGCUAUGCAGGAUCAAAUUUUCCCGAGCACAUCUUCCCAGCACUGGUGGGGAGACCAAUUAUUCGCUCCACAGCCAAAGUGGGCAACAUUGAAAUUAAGGACCUGAUGGUCGGAGACGAGGCCAGUGAGCUGCGCUCCAUGCUGGAAGUGAACUACCCCAUGGAGAACGGCAUCGUGCGCAACUGGGAUGACAUGAAGCACCUGUGGGAUUACACAUUCGGCCCAGAGAAACUUAACAUCAACUCAAACAACUGCAAGAUCCUUCUCACAGAGCCACCAAUGAACCCUACCAAGAACCGGGAGAAAAUCAUUGAGGUGAUGUUUGAGACGUACCAGUUUGCCGGGGUUUACAUCGCCAUUCAGGCCGUGCUCACACUCUACGCUCAAGGCCUGCUCACUGGUGUGGUGGUUGACUCUGGUGAUGGUGUGACUCACAUCUGUCCUGUGUAUGAGGGAUUCUCGCUCCCCCACCUUACACGCCGGCUGGACAUCGCAGGCAGAGAUAUCACACGCUACCUCAUCAAGCUGCUGCUGUUGAGAGGCUACGCCUUUAACCACUCAGCGGACUUUGAGACGGUGAGGAUGAUGAAGGAAAAGCUUUGCUAUGUCGGUUACAACAUCGAGCAGGAGCAGAAACUGGCACUGGAGACCACUGUGCUUGUGGAGUCCUACACUCUGCCUGACGGGAGGGUGAUAAAGGUUGGGGGUGAGAGGUUUGAGGCUCCUGAGGCGCUCUUCCAGCCGCACCUAAUUAAUGUGGAGGGGGUCGGUGUAGCAGAGUUGCUCUUCAACACUAUCCAAGCAGCCGACAUCGACACCAGGGCUGAAUUCUAUAAACACAUUGUGCUAUCUGGUGGAUCUACGAUGUAUCCAGGUCUCCCAUCACGUCUGGAGCGUGAGCUGAAGCAACUGUACCUGGAGAGGGUGCUCAAAGGAGACGUGGACAAACUAUCUAAAUUUAAGAUACGUAUUGAGGACCCUCCUCGUCGUAAACACAUGGUGUUUCUGGGAGGUGCAGUGCUGGCGGACAUCAUGAAGGAUAAAGAUAAUUUCUGGAUGACCAGAGAAGAGUACCAGGAGAAAGGCACACGUGUGCUGGAGAAACUUGGAGUGACCGUCAGAUAAACCACAUACAUGUUCUCACCCUCACACACACACACACACGUGCACUUACACUUAAAUUAAUUCAUACACAAAUACAGGGUGGCAUUUUGGCAGUGUAUAAAUAAGCAGUUGGCAGGUUAUACUUGAUUGUAGAAAUCGUAUACUUGAAUUUUACAAGUGCAGCCUAAAAUCCUCAUUCCUCAAAUCCUAUUGGUGCAACUUUCUGAUCACAAAUGACUUUGUAUAGCUUGCUUUUUUCUAGGGCUAGACAAUGAGCAAAAAUAUUAGUCAGUACUUGUUUAUGCUGCCAAAAUUAAUCCGACAAUAGAGUUUCUCUCUUUUGCACAUUUACACUGAUAUUUCUUACGUUUCGCUGCCAUAAAUCCUUUUCUUAAUAUGUAGACAUAGUUUAUAAUACAAAUCACCUUAGAGUCCAAGAAACUUAAAUAAGUACAUGUCCAUGUUGAAUAAGUACACAAAUCACCAGUAGCCACUCAGCAGAUAAUAAGUAGUAAGAUAUUUAAAGCCAGUGGGAUCAAAUGUGGAACAGCGACUUGUUCAUUUUUGCCUUAGUUUCAUUGUCUUUUGUUUAGAUUCCCUUCAUUUACGGUUUUGCACACAUUAUUCAUUAUUGUAAAGUCCACUUUGCUUUGCAUCGAAGGAAACACAAGUAUUCUUAAUGAAUUUCAUCUGCGGAAAAUGUAAUGGGCAAAGUAAGACGGUAACAAAUCAGGACCAAAUGUUUAUCAUUCCUAUCGAAAAGACAGGUUGUUCUAGAGAAAAAAUUAUUGUACUUGUGAAUUAGUAUAAUGUGCAAAGUGCAGUUAUUAACCAGUGGGUUGAAUCAGGUGUCUUUGAGCAACAAAAUCGCCAAACCAUGUUGGACUUCUGCUAUAAUCUAAAUCACCGUUACAGAAAUUGUUUGGCCAAAAACUAAAUUAACCCACAUUUCCACUUACCCCAAAUAUAGUCAAUAAGCCAAAACUGUUAGCAUUUAAGAUGUGUUUCUUUAGCAUCUUGGGCGGCACGGUGGCUACGUGGGUAGCACUGUCGCCUCACAGCAAGAAGGUCCUGGGUUCAAUCCCCAGGUGGGACCGGGUCCCACUGGGUCCGGGUCCUUUCUGUGUGGAGUUUGCAUGUUCUCCCUGUGUCUGCGUGGGUUUCCUCCGGGUGCUCCGGUUUCCAACCACAGUCCAAAGACAUGCAAGUGAGGUGAAUUGGAGAUACUAAAUUGUCCAUGACUGUGUUUGAUAUAACCUUGUGAACUGUUGAACCUUGUGUAACGAGUAACUACUGUUCCCAUCAUGUUAAAAUCCUAUUAAACAAACAUCUUUAACAUCUUUAGUCAUUCUAGGACACAUGGAUCUGACGAGCUGUAAGCCGUGUCAGCUUGAGGACAUUAAACAGAGAACGUAUAACAGAAGUCAUUCAUAAAGGUUUCCCAGUCAUGUGUUUGUCACAUCAUACAGACAUACAUCAUACAUAUAAUUUGUUUUAAUUUCCAUUGAAGAAAAUUAAACUUUACACAAAUAACAGUUAACAUCAUCUUUUGUUGCACGUAAGUUUUUUAGUUCUCUUUUUUAGCAAUGUUGUAAAGGUUUAGUAAUUUUUUACAAAAGUUUAUUUAAAUAAAAACACUCCACAUUUAAGUGUAAAA